AUGUUUAUUCAGGAAAAAGGUGUCCAUGUUGGAAGUCGAUGUUUUGAGUGCUCUGAAUGUGGGAAAUCUUUUCCAACUCACUCUCGCCUUCAUUAUCAUCAGAGAGUUCAUACAGGAGAAAAGCCUUAUAAAUGCAGUAAAUGUGGAAAAUCUUUCACCACUAACUACAACCUUCAUAGUCACCAGAGCAUUCACACAGGAGAAAAGCCUUAUCAAUGCAGUGAAUGUAGGAAAACUUUUUCCACUAACAGUCUCCUUCGUCGUCAUCAGAGAGUUCACACAGGAGAAAAGCCUUAUCAAUGCGGUGAAUGUAGGAAAACUUUUACCGCUAACAGCCACCUUCAUAUUCAUGAGAGAAUUCACACUGGAGAAAAGCCUUAUAAAUGCAGUGAAUGUGGGAAAACUUUUACACAAACCACUGGUCUCCAAUAUCAUCAGAGAAUUCACACAGGAGAAAAGCCUUAUAAAUGUAGUGAGUGUGGGAAAGCUUUUACUACUAGCACUCACCUUCAUAGUCAUCAGAGAGUUCAUACAGGAGAAAAGCCUUAUAAGUGCAGUGAAUGUGGGAAAUCUUUUACAAACUGCUCUGGUCUCCAAAAUCAUCAGAGUGUUCACACUAGAGAAAAGCCUUAUAAAUGCAGUGAUGGUGGGAAAUCUUUUACCUGCAGUAGUUACCUUCAUUGUCAUCAGAGAAUUCACACUGGAGAAAAGCUUUAUAAGUGCAGUGAAUGUUCGAAAUCUUUUACUAGUAGAACUGGACUCCAAUAUCAUCAGAGAGUUCACACAGGAGAAAAGCCUUAUAAGUGCAGCGAAUGUUCUAAAUCUUUUACCAGUAGAACUGGACUCCAAUAUCAUCAGAGAGUUCACACAGGAGAAAAACCUUAUAAAUGCAGUGAAUGUGGGAAAUCUUUUACCUGUAGCACUGCGCUUCAUUGUCAUCAGAAGGUUCACACAGGAGAAAAGCCUUAUAAAUGCAGCGAAUGUGGUAAGUCUUUUACAAGGAGCAUUCUUCUUCAAUAUCAUCAGAGAAUUCACACAGGAGAAAAGCCUUAUAAAUGCAUCGAAUGUGGGAAAUCUUUUACAUUGAGACCAUACCUGCGAAGGCAUUCUAGAAUUCAUACAGGAGAAAAGCCUUAUAAAUGCAGUGAAUGUGGAAAAUCUUUUAACAGAAAAAGCUACCUUCGUAGACAUCAGAGAGUUCACAGUGGAGAAAAGCCUUAUAAAUGCAGUGAGUGUGGGAAAUCUUUUAGCACUAGCACUCACCUUCGUAGUCAUCAGAUAGUUCACACAGGAGAAAAGCCUUAUAAAUGCAGUGAAUGUGGUAAGUCUUUUACAAGGAGCAUUCUUCUUCAAUAUCAUCAGAGAAUUCACACAGGAGACAAGCCUUAUAAAUGCAGUGAAUGUGGAAAAUCUUUUAACACUGUCAGCCACCUUUGUAGUCAUCAUAGAGUUCACAGUGGAGAAAAGCCUUAUCAAUGUAGUGAGUGUGAGAAAGUUUUUACCACUAGUACUCACCUUCGUAGUCAUCUGAUAGUUCAUACAGGAGAAAAGCCUUAUAAGUGUAGUGAAUGUGGGAGAUCUUUUACAAGUUGUGCUGGUCUCCAGUAUCAUCACAGAGUUCACAAUGGAGAAAAGCCUUAUAAAUGCAGUGAUUGUGGGAAAUCUUUUACCCGCAGUAGUGACCUUCAUUACCAUCAGAGAAUUCACACUGGAGAAAAGCCUUAUAAGUGCAGUGACUGUUCAAAAUCGUUUACUAGUAGAACUGGCCUCCAAUAUCAUCAGAGAGUUCACACAGGAGAAAAACCUUAUAAAUGCAUCGAGUGUGCGAAAUCUUUUACCAGCAGCAGUGACCUUCAUUGUCAUCAGAGAAUUCACACUGGAGAAAAGCCUUAUAAGUGCAGUGUCUGUUCAAAAUCUUUUACCAGUAGAAAUGGUCUCCAAUAUCAUCAAAGAGUUCACACAGGAGAAAAGCCUUAUAAAUGCAUCGAAUGUGGGAAAUGUUUUAUCAGUAGCACUGCUCAUCAUUAUCAUCAGAGAAUUCACACAGGAAACACUGUGGAGUCUCUAGUCCUCAUGUGA